GACUCGGAGCAAGUAACGCAUGAACAGUGCGCAUUAUUCCCCCGAAUCAACUUGAAAAAUAGUGAUUUUAUCUGUGAAUAAAAGUGACAUCUCAAGGGUUUCGUAGCAAGACGACAUAAAUAUUGUGACAAAUAAUCAACAGAGGAGAACAUACUCAACCGGUAAUUGAAACGAAGUUAAAAAUUAGUGUGUUUCGCAGAUAAAUCCCGCUGUAACAAGUCGAUUUAUUGUCGCUUUUUGGCUAAAUUACUGUGGAGCAUAAAACGCAACGCCAGGCGGUAUAUUAGGGGGCGAUUUAACUUAGUCUCUUGAAAGCCCCUCGCACGUGCGAGGCCAAGUGUUGUCGCGCGAACGUGACAAAGUAUGGAUUCGCCUGUCAUCGUGGACACAGCAUCCAAAUUUGGCCGAAAUCUGGACCCCGGUUUCGGUUUUGACGACGAGGGUUUCCGCCGCAGCAAGGACAUAAGAUCGCACCUAGACGAUCUCGCCGCGAGGCACCCAGAAUUCGCAGAUCACCUCCUUGGGCCCCCGUGGGGCGACUUCACCCUCCCCCGUAGACGUGGGUCUGGUGCAUCCCACCAGAGUCACCCAGACGAGGACGCGAGGAGCCAAGCGAGUGGCAGUAGUGCAGCAAGCGCAGCGAGUGGUGCCAGUGGUGUGAGCUCCCACGGCGAUCCCGAGACAAUAUUCGAAGAGCCCCAAACUAAGCUCCCCCAGUACGGCCUCCGCAAUACAGUUGACAUCGGCCAACACCAGCACAACAUGCAGAAUCAGGACAAAGGGGGUAGAAAUCAAAGAUCCAUGUCAGCCCCACCCGAGAACAGGCCGGACGAUAAUCAACCCCAGGACGGACAGUCCCAGAAUCCAAGAUUUGUAUCGCGAGUGGACAUUACCCCGAAGUUUAACAAUCAAACGACUGAAAAAUCCUCAAAGCCCGAAUCCCAAUCACCACCGCAGCCCCAAAAACAGCAACAGAGUAAUGUACGACACAUACCGAUAUUCGUCGAGGGUCGUGAUGAGCCAGUGAUUCCCAGGAACAAAGAGGAGCCUGUAUUCACAAAGCAACAGUCACCACCGAGAUACACAAGGCAACAAUCACCCCCCAGAUUCACAAGGCAACCGUCACCCCCUAGAUUCCACCAGUCGUUCGACUCUCCCCCUGAGUUUCACGCACCCCCACACUUCCACAGACCCUCUCACUUCACCAGCGAGCGAUUUGCUCGACCACGCGAGUGGAAACAAUUCACUGAGGAUGUGUUCGAUGGGCCCUUCGAGGGAAUGCGUCGAACCCACUCGCCAUUUCGACAACAGACUGAGCGACAGGGAAGAGCGCCUGAGGCUCACUUCCCUCAGGGUCACAGCUAUCACCAAACCAGUCAACAGCCGCAGGAGAAACAGCAGGAGAAGCCAGCGGCUGAGCCAGAGAAACCCAAACAACAGAUUCAACCGAAGGAUCCGUUGGAGAGGGUGGCCCUGGUUCAACAGGAGGUGGAUUCCCUGCACGAACAAGUUAAACUGUGGAAUGGAAACACAAGGCAGGAUAAACAGUACAUCUACCUCGAUGAGAUGUUGACAAGGGAGUUGAUAAAACUGGAUGACAUCGAGACAGAGGGAAAGGAGGCUGUUAGACAGUCUCGUAAGAACACCAUCAAGAGUAUACAGGAUGCCAUCAGUCUCUUGGAAUCAAAGGCACCACUGCCUGGACAGACACCAGUGAAGGAGCUCUCAUCUCCCCCAGAAUUCAAUCAGCCCAAGAAUGAAGAGCAGAAGGUGGAGAACGUUGAACUGAUGGAGACGGAGAAGAAGCCUGAGGAGGAGGCAAAGCCGAUUCCUCUUCCUGCCCCCUCGUCACCUGUUAAAGAAUCUGCUGCACCUCAGAACGAAGUUUCAAUGAAUGGUCAACAGUCCACCAGUACAGAGGGUAAAGGGGCUGAGAAGGCUGAUGGAGUGAGUCUUCCAGACCCAAAUGUCGCGAUACCGAUGGAGGGAGCUCCUGUUGAACCAAGUACUGCCAUGGAAAUCCAGACUGAUCAAGCGCAGAAGGCGAGCAACGAAGCAACGAAUGAAGAUACCACGAAAAUAUCCAAAUCUCCAAAGAAGGUGAAGAAAGCAAAGAAGCAGACGCCCGUCUCGAUGGAGCCAAUUCCAUUGCCCGGACCGGAAGCCCAUCAAAUAAAUUGAAUAAAUGAAUAUAUUAUUUGAAUACAAAAUGAUGAUUAAAUUAUACGUGAGGAUGAGCUGAAACUGAUCUGUUCAGAUGCUGAAGGUGUACGAUUAAUGGAUAAAUUAUCUUUGGUUUUACGAGGAAUUUAGGAGACUGAUUUUCCAUUCAGUUUCAGCUUCCAAUUCUUGUGAGAGUUAUUGAGCUGUGAAGCCAUGAAUUUCUUUUCUUCUAUCCAGUGCCAGAGCGCAAUAAGUGAUUUAAUUGUAUCAUUUUACGAGUUUUAUACGCUACGAAAAUAUUAAUUUUGGCGGAUCAAUGUAGAUUGGCUAUGUUUACGUGAAUAAUUGAAUAAUUGAAUUAGUUUCGAAUCGAAAUUAUAGUUUUAAUCGUCUCAGGCUCGUUGUGAUCCUUCCAAAAACAUUAUUCACCUUUAGAUGGGGGUAGAGGUAAUGAUCUUUAUCCUCUAGUCUUCUCGAUUCUUGUAAUUUAAAGCAGAAUGAAAGUAGAUUUAUUGUAGCGAAAAAUCAAUAAAGCGCGACAAGAUAUCAAAAUGUAUAAGUGAAUGUACGAUUAUUUAAAUAUAAUUAUUACCUUCAUUUUGAAUUAUACAUAAUUUAUUAUGUUUGUAAGUUACUUGUGUCAAUUAAAAAAUUGCAAAGAU